AUGGGUGGAGUUAUGGAAACAUCUCGGGAGGAGUUUCCACCAAGCCUAACAAAUAUUUCACGAAGAGAGGUAGACAACAAUAGGCCUGUACCUCCCCAGAGCAGGGUACAGAGUCGAAUUCCUCAGAACUAUUCACUCAAGAAACCAUUGACGUCUGCGUCGCGGCCACCUCUCACACACGAAACCAAGUCCUGGAGCUCGACAAUUGCGAUCCCUGGACGCCCGUUACCUAUGGGAACUACAAAGGAUCAGGAAAGAAGUGCCGGAGCACCAAAACCACGACCUGUUCUCCGACGCAAGAAAUCUCUUGCCACACCGGAGGCAACUGGUAUCCAGGAAAAUUACAGGAUUAGCUCAGGUAGGACGGGUUCGUCAUCGUCUAUACCACGGUCCCAAACCUCCCGGGAUGCCUCAAUCUCAGAGAUGGAUCGCAGCUUCACGGAUAGUCCCAUGGAAAUCCAAGUCACACAAAAGUUUGAACUACCCAAGGCCAUCACAAAAAGUACAACUAUUUAUCCUGAGCUGGAUAGAUACCGCAAUAUCCAAAUACCUCGAGAUGAGCCUUCGAGCGACUUGCUUUUCCGGCUGGCAACGCAUGAUCUACCACCGCCUACUCCCCUGUUCUCUGGUGCAAGCAGUCAUAGCCAGCUGAGUACGUUUAGCGGCAGUCCAUCGACCAGGUUUUCGGAGUCUCCCGGAGGAGGAGCUUACAGCCGCGACACUACACCAACAUCAAUGUCAUCGGUGUCACCCGGUCUGAUCAUACCAUUACGCAACUCAACAGCUCGAGCAAAACAAGUAACUCCUAUUGAGACAAGACCACCAGUAACUCGACGGAGAACCGGGAGUAUCUCGAAAGAAGGCGGCAAUUUUAUCGCCGAGCUUCAGGGUCUUUCUGCCGUUACGGAAGCGUUGACAUCAUCAUCGUCCAGCUCAACAGUUCGUGAAGCAGCGAAGAAGGACAAGAAGAAAGCAGUUCUUCCACCCAAUCCACCUCCAAGAAAAUCCUCCCAAAAGCUCAAGAAGAAUAUCAAGGAUGAUGUUUCACCUUCCAAGUCUUCCAGAAAGCCGGCGCGGCCCAUAAUGACAUCACCCUCUCCAGUGAGGUCUCCUCCAAUGAAGUCCUCUGGUACGCAGAAACUUGUCACUUCACCUCAAGCUCGGCCGACGCCGCCUCCGUCUAGACCGAGCAGAGAGGGUACUCCAGAUUUAUACUCGCAAUUUGGUGGUCCAUUGCCUGUAAUUCAGAGCAACCUGGUGUCAACGAAUCUGUCUGAAAGACGGGGUAGUAACCAAUUUGCACCUACUUCCUUGCCUAGAUCUACAACUCCUUCAUCGGUUCAGGAUCGGCAAAUUCAAUCAAGACUUCCUGUUACUCGCGAACCUACACCUACACCAAAACCUACUUCCACGUCCCUCCCGCAAGUCAACAAAACAGAAAAUGGUAGAUCGACCCGGACGCCUAGUCCAAGCAUUUCGACUUUUAAGUCAAGGUUUGGCAUUUUCAGCAGGCGCAAAACCGACUCGGAUGCAGUUGUGGAAAAGAAAGAUCGAUCAACGAGAAAAGGUCCAGCGGCCGGGACAGGUCAUGAAGGCUACGGGAAAAUCGGCGCAGUGCGACGGCGAAGCAGUAGCACAGCCAACGUUACUCGUGGCGUGCCAAUGCCGAGCUCUUCAUCGGAUAGUCUGGCGAGCACUCAGUCAACAGACCCUUUCUUCCUCGCACGCCUCAAUCCUGUGGUGAUCGCGGGGGGUGAAGUCAUCGAGAACCGAAAUACUAGCACUGAAAUAAGCCGCACGGAGAGCAACCAAAGUCUUCUACGUACUCGUCCCAGCAUCGAUUCGCGCAAUGGCUCCUCAGUUUCGCUUGCCUCCCGGGAGGAGGCCAGGAACACCCUGUGGCCCUCGGCAAUCCCGCGUGACUCCUUGCGAUCUCGCCGGCCAUCUGAUAAUAGCGAUUCUGAGGCCGUCAUCAUGAAAUCAACCCUUGCUUAUAGACGAUCUGUUCAGCGGUUACGGACCUCACCGGAUCAGAAGCCCUUGAGCAUACCACAGCCAAUCAAUACCAGAAGCACCUCCUCGCCAUCUCUUGCAAGCGUUGAUACGAUCUUCACAGAUGAUUCUGUUGCGGUAUCAGAUUUUCAACCACCUCAAGUAGAAGUUGCCACAGCACCAAAGAAGUUGACAAAACGCGCCAAGUCGCCUCGCAAGUGGAAUAUCUUUGGUAGAACUCAACCUAAAGUAGCGAAGAGAGAGGCAGAAGUACCAGUGGCCGCUCCAGUUAAGAUAGCGACGAGCAAGCCUGUUGCAUUCUAUACGAUGAUGGAUGCGUCGGAUCCCGAUGAUUCUGAAGAAAAGGAAUUGGGUGAGAUCCUGCGAGACGCAGAAGUUUUGGUCCCCCCAGGUCUACUACCGCCGCCUAUUGUUCGAUUGGAUCAUCAGCGGCAGCCAUCAAUUGGCAGUCAGCGCAGUGUAGAUCAGACUACUCUUGAGAUCAAAGCUACGCCGACGCAGACUCAAACGCCUUCAGUAAUGACUGAGCCGCCAAUUGCACCGCAUAUUGAACAAUUGAAGCCAGAGAAGGAGCAUGUCCCGGUAAGCACGGCCAUUGGCAAGCCAAGUCGACUGCCACAAGUUGGACGAAUCCCGAAGGUGAUCAACACCCGUCCCGAGGGAACAUCCCCCAAAAGUUUUUCUAGGCCGUUCAACAGGAUUAGUUUGCAACUUCCUGCUUUACCUAUUCCGGCUCCGGUGGGUUGCUAUUCUGUUGCUCACGGGCCAAGUCCACCUGCGACUUCCACUCCAGAGCUUUCGCAAGAUGCUUCGACUGUAACAACAGGUGCCAACAGCCCUCCUAGAGCAAUUAAACACCGACAGAGCCGCUCGCUUGACCUGGGACGACCAGGUAAAGAGUUCCUGGCGUUUUCUCCCCGCAAAGGCUCCGAGUGCACUACCAGUUCAGGCUCAAGCAGUUCAGGUAUUACAAGCUAUGCCCAUCAUACAGCAGUUGUUCCACCUCCUACAGCACCACUUGCCGAGGAUGAGGUAUGGGACGAAUACAAUGACCUGCUUGGUGAUGUGCCUCCUUCAGCUACUUCUUCAAAGGGUAUACCUUUUCAUCUCGAGACCUAUGGAUCGAGACUUACCAGGAAGGUUGUCGCGCCUCUGGAGUCUCCCACAGUUCGUACACACCCAGUCAAGGAACAGAUAAACAACGUUCGAGAUUCAAUCAAUACAGGGAAGUCUACGUCAAGUCACUUUAGCGCUGAUAUGACCGCGAGGAUUAAUGCUGCCUUCCGAUUUGACUCUGAUCCCCCCACCACACCUUUUUCGGUCUCAGAAUUUGUGUCGGGUUACGGCGACCGGAAUAACAGCGUCGAGCCCGUUAUGGUUCCAGUCUCGUCCCAACGAAACAGUACUGGCUCGGCAAAGAGUCGACAGACUAGAGCAUCCAAUAGCAGUAGUGCAAGUGAGGAGACUCCUCUGUCACAAGUAAACAUUCGGGUUGGUUCCAUGACGGUCAGCAAAUGGCUUACAUUUGGCCAUGUUCUGUUCAGCCCCGCCCGCGAUGAGCUCAUUCCAGUUGUCGGGUCACUUAAGCGACACUCGAUCUUGGUCAUUGACGGGCUCGGCAAUGAUGACUGGUCAUUUUAUGCUGCGGAGACCUACCCAGCGGCAACCUUCUUCAAUAUGUCUCCACGCGCCCCCUUGUCUCCGGAAUAUCGAACAUCUACGCAGUUCCCACUAUCACCCCCAAACCACCAUCAGAUACAAUACACUUCUCAUAUGGACAAAUUCCCGUUCGGAGCCGAAAGCUUUACUACGGUUGUUUUCAGGUUCCCUGCAGCAGCCCCGGAGGCUCAUUUUCGGAAUAUUAUCGCUGAGGCUAGACGUGUACUAAAACCUGGUGGCUAUAUGGAGCUCGCGAUCCUCGAUGUCGACCUGAAUAACAUGGGUAGCCGUGCAAGACGGGGCGUACGACGACUGAAGGAACGUGUUAGCAUGCAGCAACCUGAAAUCAAUCUUAGCAGUACAGCUGAUCUCAUGUUGCGCCUCCUCGGCAAUCAAGGCUUCACGGACGUCAAGUCUUGCCGCGUCGGUGUACCCGUGGCAAGUGCAAUUACCAAUUCAUCCUCUGAGGAAGGUCACAAUAUAAAGAGAAUGAAAGACGAACGCAGCUUGGCAGAGAUGAUGAGCGACGAGACAGAGAAGGGUGAUGAGAAUAUCACCAAGAUGGUCGCUAAAGUCGGUCGUUGGUGGUACAACCGGCUCUACGAGGCGCCUACCGACAGCAAAACUUCCAUGUGGAAUGAUCGUGCUCUUUUAGCCGAGUGCGAGGAGUGGAAGACCAGUCUGAAGCUGAUGGUCUGCCAUGCCAAGGUUCCGGAGACAAGGAGUCGCCUUGCUAGUAUUUAG